ACCUAUCAGCCAAUGGCUUUUACAUUCUCAUGAAUAUCAAUUCGGAUCUCUUUGUUUGAAAGGGAGCGUGCUUCCUGCCCUCCUGGUGCAAACCAAAGGCUUGGCUUGCCGGGGGGAACGCCUCCCUAAUAGGCCCUAUCAUUUCCGAUUCGUGGACGGCCAUAGGCUUUUACUUUGCUUCAAUGUGAGCGAGACGUCCUGAACGAUCCUGUCGUACAGCUUUCCCCAUUUCUCGGCCUCCGCACAUGAGAGACAUUUCGUACCAUCGGGCAGCCAUCUUGGAAUAUUUGAUCAAAGCCAUAAGACAGGUGGGACCACAACUUUUGUUACCUAUGAGCGAAGCCUUCUCUACACACGCCUCUAAAGUCUCCCCGGCAAUCGCUCGCCACCAUCAUUCGAUUGAGAGAUCCCAGCCUUGUCCGAUCAUACGACCUUUGCAAGGGUCGAUGUCAACCAGCCCUUCCACAUACCUCUGCAACUCUUAUCCUGCAGAAGUAGAUGACUUGUAGGAGUUGGCUGGAGAAGUCUAUUGACUUUCCCUCUCUGUGGUAUCCAAUCAAGUACUGGAUGACGUCGGUACAUUGCCACUUAGGGUAGUAACGAAUCACGUAUUCUUCCAGGACCUUUUGUUCAAUAGUGAUAUUUCCGUGUCAUUAUAAGGCGUUGUACCUAAUUGAAAAUUCAAAAAGGGGAUCGGCUUUGGAGGAAAACGGAGACUGAUGUACCAACGACAUCCAGCACUUGAUGAGUUUGCUGGUACGAACUUCCGUAACUAAAGUCAAAAUUAUCCAAUUACAGGAGAGAUAUAACCAAAAGGCUACAAGGGCUUCACAGCAUGCGUGAUAAAUCAUUCGCCAUAUCCAGCAACUAAGAUUGGUCAUGUAUUAAACUAAUACUCUUGCAAUCU